CCCAACCACAAGGGUGCUCCGCCAACGCACGGCCCACACCACUCAAUCCCAUCUUUUCGAUGAUCCAACACAAACGUUGCUAUCGAGGCUGAGAUGGCUCAUACGAGGCUUGAGGUGGGAUGAGAGUGGAGAUGAGAUGAGUGCCCGGCGCGGCCGUUGGCCACAUCGGGAUGUCCAGCGCGUUGAAGGUGAGCAUAUAAGCUUUUCUAUUCCCCGUCUUGGUAACCUUAUCACUUCAUCAUUCACUUCACUCCGUUGUCAUACACUUCAAGCUCCAUUGCAAAACCGCUCUUCCAUCCCACGCCCGUGGACAGCAUCUCGCCCCUCAUCCAUCACACCCUCUACUCUCAACAAUGACUCCCCUAACCUUCCGCAACGGCAUCUCCAUCGCCCUCCUCGUCCUCUACGCCCCCCUCCUCCUCCUCGGCGCCUUCCUCUCCAAACGCCAUGGCUUCGGCCGUUCCUCAGGCUGGAUCUUUCUCGUCAUCUUCUGCACCCUUCGCAUCCUCUCCGGCGCCCUAAACCUCGCCAUAAUCAACUCCCCCACCUCCACCUCCCUCCACACGGCCUACCUCAUAACCAACUCCGUCGGUCUCUCCCCCCUCCUCCUUGCCUCCCUCGGCCUCCUCAACCGCGCUAUCGAAUCCAUCGAGCGCCGCGCCCACUCAGUGACUAUCACGCCGCGCCUGAUCCGCCUGAUCCAGCUCCUCAUCAUGAUUGCUCUCAUCCUCGCCAUCGUCGGUUCCAUCAACCUCACUGAUGCCAAAACUGACGGCGAUGUCCACGAUGCGCGAACACUCGUCCAGGCAGCCGUUGGACUCUUUAUCGCUGGCUACGUCAUCCUGUGUCUCGCGACCGUGCGAGUGCUCUUUUCCAUCUCGUCGGCCGAGGCAGGGGAGCGACGUCUCAUUCCCGCGCUUGCGGCUGCGCUGCCAUUUCUGCUUAUACGUGUCGUCUAUGCAGGCGUGGGAGCGUUCGGGAACGAUGCGAAGUUCAAUGCUGUGACGGGGAGUGAUGCGAUUUUCCUGGUUAUGGUGGUGCUUAUGGAGUUGGCGGUGGUUAUCAUCUUUGAGGGCGUGGGUAUCACGCUGAAGGCUAUUCCAAAGGAAGAUAGGGGGAAGGUGGGGGAUUAUAUGGAGAUGCCGUUGACUGGGGGGUUGGUGGGCAAGUUUGUGGGUGGGAGGAGGCAUGAGUCCAGGAGGCAUGGGUCGAGAAGGGGUGAGUCGAGGAGGGGCCAGCCAGUGGCGGAGACGAGGUAUGGCGCGUAAGUGGAGGUAGAAAGGGUGAGUUUUGCUUUGGUCAAGUUUGAAAGCGGAGGGUAGCGCGGGUAAUUCGUCAGAGGGGUAUUUGGCUUAUGUACAGCGAAGAUAGAUACCACUACGUAUUUCAUAUUAGCAUAUAGACUAUAUAAUUCAUUAUUCGUUUAUCU